GUUGCUCAGUCGGUUCUGUUUAGUUGCGUAUCGUGAUCGCGGUUGAGCUGUUCGCGGUCGAAUUCCAAGAUCUUAAAGACCGAAAAAAAGAAAACAUACAGUGAUUCUGAAAUACAUAUUAUACGCAAAAGAAAUUGGCAUUAAGAGAUAGCUGAAGAAUUAUGUCGGGCGAUGUACAGCCGCGAAAGCGUAAGGAUAAGCGCAAAAAACGUGAAGAUCGCAAAUCCGAAGGGGACGUGAGUGUUUUACGACAACCAAGCUUCCAAGAAGAUGACGAUUCAUCUUCUCACGGCGUUCACAUCACAAAGAUGGGAAAUGAUGACGUGCAUCUCCACGUGCAGCAACAGCACGGCACUGGAGGUCAUUGGUGUGCCAAGAUCAUAUUCUUCUCCCUCAUGGCUGUGCUCUUAGGACUCGUGGGCUUGAUUAUUAUGGAGAAUCGCGGUCUUGAGGAUUUGGACACUCCAUUGUCUCAAUCACGUUACUCUAACUACUUUGAUGGUUGGGUGGAAGAACAUCGUCAGGAGGAUGAACAUGAUGCACAUGGCUCCCAUGAAGCGGCUCCAGAUGACCACGAUGAUGAGCAUGAUGACGAACACGAUGAUGAGCACGAUGAUGAAUAUCAACAACAUUCUGGCGAAGAGGAGGCCGAAGACGAACACGAAGCGGAAGAGGAAGAGGAGGAGGAGGAGGAAGACAACAAUGCAGCUGAAAAUAUAACUGCUGAGGAGGAGGAGGAAGAUCAGGACGACGACGAGGUGGAAGAGUCUGUGGAACCAACACAAUCUGCAGCUGAUGGCGCUGAUGACGAUGAGCAGGAAGAGGAAGAUGAUGCUGACGAUGAUGAUGAUGAGGAGAUCGAAGAAUCCAUCGAGCCAACAAUUUCGCAUUCUCAAGCUCAAAGUGCGCCGGAAACUGCAGAAGAGGAGGACGACAUUGACGGAGAAGACGAAGAUGAUGAUGUUGAUGAGGAAGAGGAGCUGGAGGAUUCCAAUGAACCAACCAUUUCGCAAUCUCAACCACAGACUACAGCUGAAGAGGAGGAUGAUAAUGAUGAUGAUUUCGAUGAUGAUGCUGACGAGGAUAAUGACGAAAUUGAAGAUUCCACGGAGACUGCAGCUCAAAGUGCUCCCGACGCUGCCGAUGAUGAUGAUGAUUUAGAUCAGGAUGACAACGAUGAGGAUGAUUUUGAAUCCCUCGAUCAGGAUAUAGAUGAUGAGCCUGAGGAACGUAAAGCUAGUCAGGAUCAGAAAAGAAACAACGAAAAGAAGGUGGAGCAGGAUGAAGAGGAAGCACCUUCAACAACAUCUUGGUUGGGUUCACUUGCCGUUAAAUUUGGCGUUGGCAUUGCACUUGCCCUUGUUUCACGCCUUGUAUUGAUAAGGAAAAAUCCAAAUACAAACGAGGAGGAGGAACCCAAUCCGGAGCUCAACAUGAGACGCAGGCUGACAAUAGCCACAGCUGAGGAUAAUAUACCAGAUGAUAUUGAGGAGUUGCCACCACUUGAUGACGAGGAAUAUUCCGAAGAGGAGAUCGAAAUUGAGGAGGAAAUUGAAGUGGAGAUGAGCGAUAUCGAGGAAAGCGACGAUAAUGUCGCAAUCAAUGCCAGCUAUAUGCCAGAAACAUUUGAACAACUCAGUGCCAUGUAUAGAUCAAAAAUGGAGACAAAAACUGAACCCAAAGCCGAAUCCAAAUUCGAACGGAAACCCCAAUCGGAACCCGAACCAGAACCAGAACACGAACCCGAUCCCGAUCCCGAACCAACAACAGCUACAGAUAUCUAUGUGGAAUACGAAGAUGGCGAUAUUGAGGAUUACGAACACGAUGAAAUCGAUGAGGAGGAAAUAAGCGACGAGGAGGAGGACGAGAUAUCAGAUGUCGAUGAUGCUGAACUCAUGAGCAGAUUGGAAGCCAAAUACGGCCGACUGCCGGCCAAGGAAUUCGAAAGUGAUCCAGAUUCAGAUGAUCCCUCCUGGACACAAAUAAAACCCAAGAAUCCAACGGGCGCAAAGGCCGAAGAAGUUGCCGAUGAUCUUUUUGAACAGGAAUUGCACAAAGCAAAUGCCGAAAUGAUCAAUGAGAAUCCUGCGAAAGCUUUGCGUGCAUUUAACAUCCUCACACACACAUACGCACACAAGCCGACGGCACAUUUGUCCCGGGCACAGGCGCUGGAGAGGAUGGCUGAUACACGUCGCAGUAAUCAGUUGCUCCAGGAGGCCAUCGAGUCCUACAAACGCUAUCUGGCCUUCGGUGAACUGAUCACAAAUCAGAGCGAGUUUCGAAUAGCGAGCGAGCGCUGUAUUCAACACUUGAGAUUUCUGGGUCACACACAUCAGGUGUUUUCUAUUCACGAGCUGCUUAUUGAACGAUAUCCGGAUGAGGCACAACUACGGAAUCAACUAUCACUCAGCUACCUGAUGUCCAAUAAUUUGGCCAAGGUGCAACAUGUGGCAGGUGAAACACUAAAGCGUUGGCCCAAUAAUUCAGUUGCACAGCUUCACUUUGGACUGGCAGUCAAGCAGUUAACCGGAGAUUAUGCUCGAGCUUUGCCUUACUUGGAAUUUGCCAUUCAGUCCCAGGAGGCGGGCACACAGGAGGCCUAUUUCUACCUGGCACUUGGCGAGACACUGCAGCGUCUGGGAAGGCACACGGAGGCGUGGCAGUUGCAUCAAAGUGGCGUGGAUAAAAAGUUUUUUCUCAGCGUCCAUCAACGUUCGCUGUACAAUGAGCCUGGCCUGAAAGCCAAACCCUUUUGGCAGCUCACCGAGACGGGGAUUGCCCCUCAGCUGGAGCAACUGCAGCAUAACUGGCGUGCCAUACGCAAUGAGGCACUGUCGUUGCUCAACAAACACGGUAACUUUCAACCUGAGGCGGAACAUCUGCGCGACACUGGCAAUUGGCAGCAAUAUGAGCUGUUCUCCCAGGGAAAGCGUCUCCAUGCCAAUUGUCAACGGGCUCCCAUCACCUGUGCUCUUCUCGCCAAGCUUCCCGCCUUCACCACCUGCCAUCGGGGUCAGGUGAAGUUCAGCGCAAUGCAGGCACUGACACAUGUCUGGCCACAUUGUGGACCCACCAAUUGCAGACUGCGUGCUCAUCUGACACUGCUGGCACCGGAGCCACACUUAACCAGCUUGCGAGUGGCCGACCAGCAGCGCACGUGGAAAGCAGGCGAGCUGUUUAUAUUCGAUGAUAGUUUCGAGCACGAGGUUUGGCACAAUGGAACCCAGCUACGCCUGGUGCUCAUCCUGGACUUUUGGCAUCCUGAUUUGAGUGAAUCUCAACGUCGAAAUCUGUCGCCGAUUUGAAAUUUCAACUUAAUUUAAAUAAUGUGUCCAUUUCUUCAGAUAUCCAAUUCAUAAAUGUUCUUUUGUUAAUUGAUUUACGUAGAUCACAGCAAUAAUUUAAGUGUAACUCUUAAUCAAUAAGUUUUGAUAUGAAUGCGUGUUUAGUUUUAAUAGAAACAUUUACCCUAAGUCUAUGAUUAUGAUAAAUGACUAUUGUUGCUUGUUUGGCAGCUUUUUUGCUGCUGUAUUCAAUCAAUUUUGUAAAUACAGUAAUCUUUUAAAUUUGAAAAA